CCCUGCGGGGACUUCCGGGUGGCCUGAGCUCUGGAGGACUGUGGUCUCCAGCCCGGGAGAUGCUGCUUCUGCAGGUGCCAGACCACAGGCCCCACCUCAGCAGACCCAGGUCAUAAGACAGAUUUCCAGACUUGUGAGACACAAAAGCCCAGGUCACCUGCGUGUCCUUCCUUGUGAAGAAUUGUGUCUACUUCAUCUCUGCCUCUCAACUCGACUUGAAGUUUUUCAGGAAGAGCCAUGGCCUCAGCCCCGACUAACAAGAGGAAGAGGGAGGAAGCCACGUGUGCCAUCUGCCAGCAGCUAAUGAUGGAGUCUGUGAGCUUCGACUGCGGGCACAGCUUUUGCCAACGGUGCAUAGAGGGCAGCAUUGAGGAGCCACAAGGGACAUCAGAGCAACCUGAGAUGUCAGCGGAGCAACCAGGGAUGUCAGGGCAGCAACCAAGGGAGAGCAGACCAAGGUGGAGAUGGGCCUCCAAUUAUCAUUUGCUUCGGGUAUCAAUGCGUAGGGAAGUUAUCAAGCGUUUAGGUGAAUACAUCAGUGCAGACCACAGGAAGUUAGAGAGUGAGAAGCUGUGUGAGGAACACAGAGAGCAGCUCCACCUGUUGUGUGAGGACACCGGGCAGCUCAUCUGCAGUGGCUGUGCACAGUCCCCCGAGCACAGCGGACACAACCAUGUCUUUGCCGAAGAUGCGUGUCUGCGCUCCAAGGAAAAACUCCUGGAGUCCAGGACAAAAUUGAGAGAACUGUUAGACCAGUGUAAGAUUCAGAAGUUGGUGUCAAGUGAACAAACAAGAGAAUUGGAGGACGUGAAAGACACCUUGACCAGGAGUUCAUUCCCAGAGUCCAUGUCUUCGGAGCCUCAAACUGACUGCAACAAUUCUGAGCGACAAUGUGAUGGGAGGAAAAAAUUAAAGGCCGACAAAGGAGGAGCCACAGCCUCAGACCCCACGGCCAAGAGGAUGAGGAUGGAAGCCACGUGCCCCAUCUGCCAUGAGCUGAUGACAGAUCCUGUGAGCUUCUCCUGCGCGCACAGCUGCUGCCGCGGGUACUUAGGAGGCAGUGUUGAGGGGCAACCAGAGGAAUCAUCGUGGAGCUUGGACUAUCCUUCGUGUCAGGCAGAUUUGGAGAUGGACAGAGACCUGCUUACAGUACUAGGUCUCAUUGAAGCCAAAGUGGAGCUGGAGCGUGAGGGGCCGUGUGAGGGUUACGGGGACCAGCCCCACCAGGUCAUUGAGGACACUGCGCAGCUCACGUGCAGGCUCUCUGUGCGGUCCCCCCAGCACAGCGGACACAACCAUCUAGUCAAAGAGACAUGUCUAGACUCCGAGGAAAAACUGCAGGAGGCUGUGACAAAACUGAGGGCAGAGACAGAACAAUGUGACAGUCUGCAGUUGAGCACAAGAGAACAAACAAGGGAAUGGGAGGAAAAACGGUGGGAAGCUGUGACAAAAUUGAUAGAACUCUUAGUCCAAUCUGAGAGUCAGAAGGUGAAGUCAAGAGAAGAAACAAGAGAACCGGAGGAAAAAUACAAGGAGUCUCAGAAAAAAGUGAAUGAAUUGUUCGAGCAGGAGGCCAAUCAGAAGUUCAAGUCAAGACAACGAAGACAAGAACAGGAGGAAAAAUGCCGGGACGCUGUGAGGAAACUGAUAGAACUCUUAGCCCCGAGUAAGAGUCAGAAGUUGAAGCUAAGAGAACAGGAGGAAAAACUCCAGGAGGCUGUGACAGAAGUGAGAGACCUGUUAGACCAGUUUGAGAGUCAGAAGUUGAAGUUAAGAGAUCAAAGACGAGAACGGAGGAGAAAAUUCCACAACGCUGUGAAGAAACUGAUAGAACUCUUACCCCUGACGGAGAGUCAGAAUUUGAAGUUAGGAGAAAAAACAGAAGAACAGGAGGAAAAAAUCCAGGAGGCUGUGACAAAAGUAAGAGAACUGUUAGACCAAUCUAAGAGUGAGAAGUGGAAGUCAAGAAAACAAAGAAGAGAACUAAAGGAAAAAUUCGAGGAGGCAAUGACAAUACAGAAAGACCUGUUAGACCAGUGGUUGAGUCUGAACUUGAAGAUAAGAGAACAAUCAAGAGAGCAGGAGGAAAAACUCCAGGAGGCUAUAACAAAACUGAGAGAACUCUUGGACCAGUGGUUGCAUCUGAAGUUGAAGUCAAGAGAACAAACAAGUGAAUGCGAGGAAAAACACCAGGAUUCUAGGAUAAAAGUGAGAGACCUGUUAGACCAGUGGUUGAGUCUGAACUUGAAGUCAAGAGAACAAAGAAGAGAACGGGAGGAAAAACUCCUGGAGUCUCGGACUUCUUUAAGAAAAUUGUUAGAUGAACUUUUGAGAUUGAAUGAAACAGAAGAAACAAGUGAACAGGAGGAUGAGCCAGACACCUUGACCAGGAGUUCAGUCCCAGAGUCCGCGUCUUCGGAGCCUCACACUGACUGCAAUGAUUCUGAGCUCCACUGUGAUGAGAGCAAAAAGUUAAAGACCAUCAAAGGGGAAAAAACAGGGACGUCUGAGGAGGAUCCAGAGACAUCAGAGGAGGAAUCAUGGACUUCAGACGAGUAUUCAUGGACAUCAGAGGAGCCAGUGACGCCAAAGGAGGAUUCAGGGACAUUGGAGGAGGAGGAAUCAUGGACUUCAGAUGAGGAUUCAUGGAUGUCAGAGGAGGAGCCAAGGAUGUCAGACGAGGAGCCAGUGAUAUCAGACGAGGAGCCAUGGACAUCAGAGGAGGAGCCAGGGACGUCAGACGAAGAAUCAUGGAAAACAGGUGAGCGUGCCUCUGGAUGAAGACACAGCUCAGGAUGACCUAAUUCUGUCUGAGGACUGGAGAAGAGUGACUUGUGGACACACCUUGAGAAGAAGCUUCACACUUCUAGGAGGUUUAGCGUGUGACCCUGUGUCCUGGGCUGUGAGGGCUUCACUUCAGGGAGACAUAACUUUGCAGUGGAUGUGGGAGACGGAGCUGAGUGUGAUUGGGGAGUUUGUCUGGACAAUGUGCCCAGGGAUGUAGAGGGGAUGCUGGAGCCUCAGUCUGCUUUCUGGGCCAUCAAGAGCACAAACAAUGGCCACAUUCACCUGACUGUCCUGUACCUUCUCUUCUUCCUCAGGAGCCAUCCCAGAUUUGGGGUUUUUCUGGACUGUGAGUCUGGAUGUGUGUCCUUUCACAACAUGACAGCUGGCUCCCACAUCGAAACUUUCACAAAGGCCUCCUUCCAUCACACUUUCCAGCCCUUUCUCAGGGUUAAUCAUUCUUCUGUAUUCCUGCCUCUGCCAGAUGCAUCAGGAAACGAGUAAAUUCUUCCCUUGGUUUAACCCUCAUAGAAAUAUAAUAGAUGGGCCUCCCUGGUGGCGCAAGCAGUUAAGCACAACACUGUGAAGCUAUCCACAGCCUCUGCAUCCUUGGGCAGCCAGGGAGCUACAUACAUGGCACAGCACACCUCUCCUGUCUCGGCUGCUGUUCCCCUCAGCAGUGUAUUUCAGUCAGUCUGCCUGUUCUGUUCCCGCUGUCUCUGGUGACUCCUAUCUCUCCCCGCACCUCUGUCCUGUACCCCAGUUCUUGAAUGCAUAAAUAAAUAAAUCUUAAAAAAAAAGUAAAGA